AUGUUUUCGAGGCUAGCGUUCGGACCUGCAUAUUCUCAUCUGGCGAAGUGCUUCACGUCAAACCAGUUGCGAACAUUAUCAACAGCCGCACGGAAAGUCGUCCUUAUUCCUGGUGACGGCAUAGGUCCUGAAAUAUCGUCUGCCGUCCAGAAAAUAUUUUCCGCGGCUGAUGUAAGUUUUACUUUUUUCUCUAUCUUACUGUUCUAUUCUCAUAUAAACCCUCUCCACGUUCGGCUAUCUAGAGAAUUAAGAGAUUUUGCCUUCUGUUUUACUUGUUGCCCUUUUAUCUCAUUUGCGCCCUCACUUAACUGUUAUAUCUCAUCUCAACUCGCCUAGCCUAGUUCAAACAAGUUGCUAUCUGGAUUUCCUGUGUCGUAAAGCACCUUUAUGGAGUCAUUUACAAGGACUUGCCAUUGUGCAGGUACUGCAUAGGGAUCCACAAAUGUGUUGCCAUUUUAGUGGGCAUGAGUCGCAGGAGCAACAAGCGAAAUUAACAAACGUCAGAGGCGGCGAUUUAUGGAUAAAUCUCCGUAAAUGAAACUACAAACACAAUUACAAAAGAGCUUACAUCUUGUUAUACAUAAAAAUGCCAAGGCAGAUUCUGCCUGAUGGAAUAUAUCGUAACUUUUGUUUUGAAAACUAAUAACCCUUUGGGCUUAAUCAAAGGACUGUGCAUGUCAAACAAGGAUGCGCCUGCUGGCAUCCGGUAGACCUUUGUGAAAUAAAUCGAAGUCAGCGGUAACUUGUGUCCCGUUUGGACGGAUUGAAAAUCCCAUAAACUUAAUAUGUCCCCUAAAUAGCGAGCACUUUUGAGUUUUGAAUGCUAUCUCGGUUAAAUGUUGACAUGAGAAUUUUGAGCGACUCUCGGCCUCGAUCACCAGCUUAUCGCCACCUUUCUCUGAGAUGGGAUUCCAUUUGUCAUCACCAUGCAUAUUUGUGUAAUUCAUCCCGAAAUAAAUCUCAGCUGUGGCGCUGAGGUUGCACAACAGCAAAAUACCAGGAAGAAACGGUAUUCUCACCGAAAGCAUGAUGACUAUGUCUCGGCCAUCCCCAUACCUUCCAUAACAGAGGGACAUGGGGUUGGUAACUAAGCCCCCACAAUGCGUCACUAACGACCUAUGGCUGCAUUGUCGGCUCGCCGAAACAUGGUAUUUCGUUCAUUAUGGGCCCAUGUGGUAAGUAAUAGCGGCCGACAAUGUGUAAGUGGAAAAAGUAGUUGCUAGAAUCAAACAGUCUUCUCCAACCGUUGCUAUUCGGUCUGACGUUCAACUGGGUUCUAUCAUGUCGGCUUUCUUGCAUGACUACAUCGAUUGCUGGCCUCUCGAAAGGGCUGUUCACUCUUUGACUGCCUUAGAUCUACAUCAGGAUGCCGGCCAAUUGUCUUCGGUUACGCUGGCGGUAUCGUUCUGUUUGUACGAUGACCAUCAGAGCGUAGUAUGUCGGGCAAACAAAACCAUAAUAUCAGUCCAUUUGGCCGUCAAUUCAUCACAAUGCCACCUUUUUCGAGCGUUAUCCCUUACUCACAGACGGCGUCCUACAUAGUUACUGUCAGCCAUCUUGGAGGAGUUGACAGUUUAAAAUAUAGGCGGAUAUCAGUCUCAGAUCUGAGUUCAAUAGAAGACCCUGUAGUCAUCGGAACGGUGAUUGUAUUAGACUGAGCUUUCGGAUUCUUGCGAGAGCUCACCUUCUGGAUUGAAGACCGAUACCACAUGAGCUGUUUUAUAGUCCCUCAACACGGAUGUGGAGGUGGGGGGCUGCUUGUUCUUUGCUGUGGCCGGACUCCCUUCAAUGAUCGCAUGUUCUAAUUUUUUGCAUUUUAAGAUGUCUCGCGACGACGUUACUGCCGUUAGGCAGAGUAGGAAUGACAUUUUUGACUGAAUCGCAAAUAGUGGUGUCUAUUGGGCACACUGUUGCGCGUGGUCGGUCACUUACGGAUCCGUCGCACAUAGAUUGGCGAACCAGCACCUGAAGCACCAACAUACACUCGCCCCCACUGUCCACACUGCCCCGCGCAUUCACUCACCGCGUGGACCUAUUCGGUAACAUGCGUAUUCACGAGAGCGGAAUUGACCGCCCUCUCGACACACCUAACACCUCUUGCACACCCACUAUGCCUAGCUCAACCCACACCCCGCCGCUCAGCAGGUCCACCACCAUCAGCUCCACCACACUCGGCGCAUCUUGCACACCUACCAUGCCCAACCCAACACACACCCCGUCGUCCAGCACGCCCACCAUUAACAGCUCCACCACUGCCACUAUCUCCGAAACGGACACUGACACCGCCGGCUGAUCCGGUCCACACUGUCCCGUACACCCGCCUUACGCAUCCACCUGGUCGGUCGCCUGCGAAUUCAUCGCAUAGAGACUGUCAAACCAGUGUCUGGAGCCACAACAUACACCAGACGCAUCCGCCUCAACUGCCCUCACUGCACCCGCACAUUCACCCACCGCAUGGACCUAUUAGGCCACAUGCGUAUUCACGAAAACCUGUGGCGGACAACCGCCGACAAGAAUACCCCAUCACAUCUUCCCCUCGCCAACACCUGCAUCACCCAACAUCACCAUCUAUCAUAAGUAUCCAGUUUCCACCUCCCACGAAAGUGAGAAGCUUGUGUCUCGGCUUCGUCUCCAUGCGGCCCCUCUGCUUCAUGUAUGACCCCAGUCCGAGACUAUCACAGUGCGUCAAGCACCGUGGCUUGGAAAGCUGCCGAUUGACGCCCCAACCCACUCAACGCAGUCUGACCAGUUGUGUGCGUGUAUGUGUGGAAUGGCAGACCAGUGGGCGGAGAGCCAGGCUGAACCGGCUUCUUCUUAAUGCUAUCUAUGACAUUCUCACGCAUGUGAGAUGUCGCCCAACCCUCAUUGUGUGAAAUCCUUGUGCUUGUGUUUGGAGGGCCAGGUCGUGAAUGUGGCGCUCGCAGACAAGGUCACCAGAUAUGUCAGCCACCGCGCCCAACCCCCGCACCUGUCAACUGACCGGCUCGGAUAGUGACUUGGGCCUGGGAAUGGGAAGGGAGAGUGGGGCCUACGAGUCAGCGCAUUUUGCUCACCAUAAACAAUCUGACGUGUUUAAAGCUAUCACGGUACGUCAAAAGCCGUGGCUAGGAUGGUCGUCAACUGGCGGGAUAACUUAGAUUUCGUAGUCGUCCCAGUGUUAUGUGUUUGUGUGGAGCGGUCGACUGGUUGUCGAAGAGUCAGGCUCCAAUAGCCCCUUCUUAAUAUGGCCUUUAUAACACUUCCCCUCAGUGGGAUCCGAGCCAGAUGUGACGGCAUGCCUAGGUGCGGCUCCGGCCGUGCCAUCCACCCUUUUGUUGUUGGUUAAACCUCUGGUCAUUUGGUGUGUGGACCAGGGGAUGUGCAUUGAAGCGCUGAAGUGUGGGCUCGACCGUGCCAUCCACCUGUGCUCUCCUCCGCCUCCGGUCUUGACACUGGGCCCAGGUGGGGAGGAUGAGAGAGUGCGGCAGAUGCUGUUCAAGUUAACAUUCACUAUAAACUAAAACACGCGCAAGUCACCGUCUCUGCCUCACCAUGCUGUGGAGCACACGGUGGACAUCGUUGGAUGCGACGGUCGAACUGUUGGUGUGUUAGAAAUGCGCAUGUUCCAGCUAUCCAUUCGGCCAAUCCUCCAUGAUUUUGAACACUGAAUUGUGCCCGAGGAAAACGGACGAGAACUAGGGGUUUUAAACUGCUAUUGCGUGGACGGUUUUUCUUGUAAAGUUCCUCUGGUAUUGAAUAACAGUCUGCAUUUGCUGUGAUGACAUCUCGAGGAUAGCCCAGGCCAACCAAGUAAAACAAAUGAAGUAGUUCGGGCACGUUCUUCAGUGCCUAUAUCAUAUGUAUGCUGGCGCAGCAUAAAUGCGGACGUCAGAGAGAGGUUCGGAUAAACGCUUGGCUUGACAGCGAUAAGGGGGGGGGGGUGGCUCCUGCACUUUAAGUAUCCAGUUUUGCUAGUCGUGGAAGAGAAUGAAAGUAGAUGAUCGGAAUCGUUAGUUGAAUCCUCGCACAGCUCUAUUGUUGAAUGCCGGUUUCUCAAAUUUCUUGCCCGAGGGUCGCAUCUUUCGAUUUUUGAGGUUUUGUGUGUGUUUAUGUUGUGAGAUUCUGAAUUCUCCUCAUCCUAGGUACCGAUAGAGUGGAUUUCUGUGGAUGUCACCCCCGUCAAACAACCUGAUGGGACUAUGCGCAUGCCUCGCGCCUCCCUCGAAAUUAUCCGGCAGCAUGGUAUCGGCCUAAAAGGACCCCUGGCAACUCCUAUAGGGAAAGGUCAUCAAUCCCUAAAUCUGGCCCUGCGAAAGUGAGUCCAUUGUUUAUCGUUUCCUCAGUCGUUUGCGCAUCAAGUGUUCGACGCUUACCGUCUACCUGUCUACUAGAUUUUUUGUGUUCGUCUGUGCACUCGGAUAUAUUUCACUUCUCGGGUCUCCGAUUGAUUUCUCCUUUGAGUUGGUUUCUAAACAGCGUGUCCUGGGGAUUGUGAAAUCACCUGAUAACUGCUGCUCGCGAAUUUCUGAAAACUCUUCCGCGCCAGCUUCCUGUCAAGUGAAUUUCUCCAGACCACGUCCAUGUCCAUGUUCUGCAGAGGAGGAUUAAUCGGGAUUGGCUAGGGCUUUUCUCAUCAAAGUUGACUGAAGUCUUAAGAAUUGAUUAAUUGAUUGUUCCUCCAAAUGUGUCGCGCCGCUGUUGCGACAGGCCAAAAUGAGGGCCACGCUGAUCAGGCUACUAAGAGUCGACAUGAACUCCACAAUUAACGCCGUACAUGCAUCUGGCCAGCAUUAGACGUAGACUUGUGUUUGCCAGUACGCUCAAUCCCACAUAAGUCGGCCGACAAGUUCGCGUGGGUCAUAUAGGCAAAAAAAGUGAGUCCCAGGUAAGACCGAUACCGAGGUAUCCCUCCUCAUGGCGACUCAACGCAUUCCUCAUCAUCGUUACUUUAACAUGUUUCAAGGCAUUUGAUGAACCAGGAGUAGUGACAUGAAAGGUUAACAGCCGACGGGAUAACCGUGGCCACACAACAAUGUCUCCUUUUUAGUAUGACCUUCAUAAUGCUCCCACUUACCUGAGAUCCGUAACCUCUUCCUUGGAAGCCUCGUUUGUGUGGUGUUAGGAACGAGGACGCGUGAAGCGUGCCUAGCCUGACUACGUGACUUGGUCUAUCACUGCACCCGUUUCAUCCAAUGGGUUUAGAGAUACGCUGAUGUCACCAGUCUGGCAACCUGGACGUGAAAGUUUUGCUGUGUACGGACGGUGUUGAAGAGGAAAAGUAAAUGUACACAGUCGUGUUGAGCACCAGCGUUGACCAAGUAGCCUGACUGAAUUGCAGCUCGCAUGAAUUCACGAUGUGACUUGUUCAUGUUGAAACAUUUUAGUGGACUUUCAAUCAUUUUGUAAAAUUUUCACUGAACACUCCUUCUCCCUGAGUCAAGUGCUGCAGUGUACAAAUGGAAAAAGGCGGUGCCUAUAGUGUAAGACCCGCCACAAAGCGGAUAUUUGGUGGACAGGGCCUCUGUCAGGUUGGGAAUCACCCUGAUCAUUCCUCUAGUCGUGUACCUUUGGGGCGGUCAUACGGUAUUUGACCGUAACGUCAAUUUUGCGUGCGCCAAAACCUUUGUACAUGUGCGUGACUGGCAGAAAAACAUGGGAGCCCCUCUGGCCAAACGAUUGAAAAAGAAUAACCGAAGAGAAGAAGUUGAUUUUGCCGAAUGUGAAGCCUCUCCUCAAAGUUAUCCUAACUAACCAGGACGCUGUGGCCGCGUUCAGACACUACGUGGAUGGCCAGCUGGCAUUACUUGAACCGCAGACCGGUGAACCCUCCUCGGCCACUCAGAGAGGAGCCCAUUUCCUGGGCGUCUAUCCGACUGCUCUUAGUCGUUGCUCUGGCGACACUGCCAUCGAGAAUCCGAUUGUGCACCGGCCAGUGGCGAAGAAAAUCCGCUGCAACGCCAAGAAUACAAAGAACUGGCAAGACCCCAAUGCACCCUUCAAGAUAUCAUAUUUCCUGACGACGAUGAUGAUGAUGAUGCUGCCAAUUCGAACGCCGCCAGAGCUGCUGAGCAAUCCAACUCCAGCUAUCGAUCGACUGCCCUGGACAUGGAAAUUUCGACAGUUAAAUGGACUAUACAACCGUUUGCCUGAGUCCAGUGUCGGUACCCUUUCAGCUGCCAGUGAGGAGGAUAAUAAUCAGCAGGAAGAGGAGGCUAGUCUGGGAAUCAUGCUGUCGGCCAAUUCUGCCCGGCGGGGUGGAGGGGAUGAUGAUGAUGACGACGACGACGACGACGACGAUGACGACGACGGCGACGACGAUGACGACGAGGAUGGUGGGGCCGUGGCUGUCGUGCCCACCACUUCACAGGCUCAUGUCAAGCAAGCCAUUACGUUCAUUUGCCUCCCGAAAUGUAGGAGGUGCUCUGAGAUUGUGUGAAAGAGUAAUAUCCCCUUAAAUGAUAGAAUUGUGCAUUUCGUCAGAAAAGUGCGUGGUUAGAUACCCAAUCGGGUGACUUGUUAUUGGCGGUUAGCAUUGUAAAUCCGAUUGUCUUAUUUACUCAUAAAGUUGAGAUGACAGUGGUUCGCCUUCCUCCCGCUGUCGGAGUGAACUAAUGUAAGCUCGCGCUGGGUCAAGGACAUCAAAAACCAUCGACGCCACCCGGACAUACCUGACUGGUUGGCGAAAAUGCAUUUACUUAAAUCCCAACAACAGUCCUACUGUCUUUGUGUUAGUAGUGUCGUCAUUAGCCGAUUUAGAUACGAACCCGGCACCCAGCCCUCACCUGGGCCUAGCAGCCUCACCCCACCAACCGCCUCGACCGGCUAGCUAAACCAGGUGGGGAUAUCCGGUGUUGUAUGCGUUACCGCACCUGGUAACUCUGCUUCCCUUCCCCCACUUCAAAAAGUCGUACAGAGAGGACAAUAUACAAUCUCGUAUGCGACUCAGGCUAACUCGCGUCGAUCUCCACUAAACAAAGUCGUGACCCGUAGUGGAGUUUGCCAGUCGUCUGGGAUACCACCUGCUUACCCUCUGGUGGGGAAGGGGCUAGAAGAGGUGUCUCAGGAAAAGUGCUAGGCAAUCAUGCCAUCUGCAAGUAUACCGUGGCGCGUAGAUGCAAAACCCGCGUUCGAAGCACUCAAAGAAGCAACAACAAUCCGCGUCCCUAUCCCCCCCCCUCAACACUCUACGGGCUGCCAGAGUGGGUCUGUUCACUCUGGCAGCCUACACUGUGCGUUGUCUUUUAGACAAUCCAGGGAGAAAUCGACCGGAACGGAGCACGGCGGAAAUCAACAUCGAUCUGGAUCUGCCGCCUCCUCUCCUAGAAACAACCCGCCCCGUCCACCAACUCUCCGGCGAGAAAGCUCCGCGAUUCGAUGCGAUUCUGGCUGAAGUCUAUAAGCACGGCAGCGUCCAGCUAGUUGAUCAACUGGAGCGCUAUUCUAGGAAAUGUGGCGCCAAGGACAAGUCUUUCAAGGCACCACCGAUAGGAUUUAAGCCGUCCGCCAGCUGAAGGAGAAGUGUCAUGAGAUGCUGACCCACCUCUGCUCUACCUUAGUGGAUCUGACGAAAACCUUUGAAACGGUGAGCCGCGAAUGACUGUGGAAAGUCAUAUAGGAAUUCGGCUGUCGCGAUCGAUUCACUCCGGUGGUGCGUCAGCUCUACGUUGGCAUGAUGCCGCGUGGAUAAAACCGUGGUCAUGUACCAACCGUCAUCCAACACGGAAUACAGCAUUCCUCCAAUGAGUGUAAACGACAUCCAACUUGAAACCGUGAUCAACUUUGCCUACUUAGGUAGCACAUUCUCGCGCAGCCUCAAAAUCAACGAUGAGGUUGCCAACCGGAUCUCAAAAGCCAGUCAGGCCUUCGGCCGGCUGCAAGCCUCUGUGAAAUUGUCACGGCCUUCAACUAAACUCCAAACUGAAGGUGUACAAGGCCGUCGUAUUGACGACACUUCUGUACGGAGCGGAAACCUGGUCCGUAUACUUAAAUCAAACUAACAAGCUGGAUCACUUUCAUCCCAGCUGCCUCCACAGAAUACUGAAGGUGAGAUGGUUGGGCAGGAUCUCAAACACGGCAGUCAAGUCCGCUGCUAUAAGGACACCUUGGAGAACUCGAUAAAGCGACUGCAUGUAAACGCGGAAACCUAGAAGGACCUCACACAGGACAAACCGGCAUGGAGAAGAGAAAUGAAGACUGGAGCAACCGUCUAUGAAGCCAACUGAAUCGCCGAUGCCAAAACCAAGAUGGGAGCGCGCAAAUAUCAGACACCCCUGACUCGAAAUAUCAACGUUCGAUCCAUCCCAACAUGCCCACGAUACUAACGAACCUUCCGCUCGUCGAUCUGCCUCGUUGGACAUCUCCGACCCCAAUGCACCAACCACCCGACAACCCCAAAUUCUGCCUCCACGUCCGCCCUUACUCUAACCCUCUCGGCGUCCAUUACGGCGCCCACCCUCACCACUGGUGCUCCGUGCUCUCCCGUCGACCAUCGCCAUCUCCAUGAUCUCUGCCGAGAUGUCUGCAUCAACAACCACCUCUGCUACAGACCGAAACGCUCCCAACGCUCCCGUCAACCACCACCCUCAUCAUCACAGCCCUCACCGCUGGGGAUGUGGACUCGGUCCCAACCUGUCCUCAUUGCCAUCGCACGUUCGCCUCACGCAUCAGCCUGAUCGGUCAUUUGCGGAUCUGUCGCACGGAAAUUGGGGAGUCAAUGUCUGGAACGCCAACAUACACUCACUCCAUCCGCCUUCAUUUUGCACACAGAUUCAUUCACCGCAUGAAGUGUCCGUUCGCAUGCGUAUCCACGACAGCGAAAUUCACCGCAGUAUCGACACAAAUCCACCAACUCUCCAGCCCAGUCAACUCCCCAUCACUCCGUGCAUUGCCACAGAAACCGACUCUACAGCUCCCUACCUACCCUGCCCACGUCCUCACCCCACAUUCACCUCGCGCAUCGGCCUGGUCGGUCAUUUUCAAAUCCAUCGCACAUAGACUGGAUAACCAGUGCCUAGAACACCAACAUACACUAGACCCCAUCGUCUCAACUGCCCGCACAGAUUCAUUCACCGCAUGGAUCUAUUAGGCCGAACGCGUCUCUGUGAAAACCUGCGAUAGAAUACCGUCGGCUACACCAUACCAUCAAAUGUCUCCUCACCAUCAUCUGCACUGCUCAUGACAACACCCAACAUCACACAACGCAAGCACGUCACGUAGGUGGGAAUUCUCGCAUGUGGACAUUCGUCUUGUGUUGUUUGUUUAGAGUAAUCUCACUUUGAUUCUGUAGGGCAGGAUGGUUAUGCCACGCGCACUGAAGAAUCCGACCGAUUAUUUCAGAACAGAUUCAGCUCGAUGCGCAACGGUCUAAUUCACAUCAGGCCCGGAGGCACCUAUCCUUGAAAUCCGGUUUUCUCAGGUCUUUCUAUGCAUGAAAUCGGUUUAGUGGUUGUCUUCGAUUGUUUCUGUCGAUGAUUAUUUCCACCACUUUACAAUCUUCCUCACCUCCCCCUUUCUCUCCUAACCUGAUUUCUUGUCCAUUUGCGACUUUCUGGCAGGGUUGUGUGGUAAGUGGAUCGGCAACUCCAAUCACAACGCUUCACUACCGAUAUCGCGACUGGCCAGAGCGCUAGCCCUGUCCAAGCUUCGUUAGUACACAUCCGUGUUAAUAACCGCGUCAGACUAUAUGAAUGCUUGUGCUCCUGCUAUUCAGCCCUUAACUACGCUAAACCACAGCCUUAUGUCCGGCCUUUACACUCCAACCUCUGAACCCGCUUCUGUCUCUCCAAAACGGUCUAUCAUUUGAACUCUUCGUUAGUCUGUCUCCUGUCUUAUAUAUCUCAUAUUCGCGUCGGUUCGCUUACGUGCGUCAAUACUUUCUCAUCGCUCACAGAGAAUUCAGUCUUUAUGCCAAUGUGCGGCCGUGCAAAUCGCUGAUUGGGUACGAGACUCCCUACAAGAACGUGGAUCUGGUAACCAUUCGCGAGAAUACAGAGGGUGAAUACUCGGGCAUCGAACAUGUUGUGAGUACUCUGUAUUCCGCUUUAUCCAUGUUUUUUUAUGUUUCCCUAACUGAAGCCUAUAUUCUUCACUUGUGUAUCUGUGUCGUAGGAUGGACACGAUUCCCAUACGGCUUUCUACCUAAUUUCAUAGGUCCCUGUGCAGAAAAAAUUGAGUUGUUUUAUGCUUCCUGCCCAUUUCGGUGUCUAUGACUUGUCUCGGGGACAUGAAAUGACCGGGUAACGACCGUAAGCGCGUUUGAUCCAGCAAAUAUACCCUUCUUCGUUAAUGCUUCGGAGAUAUGCAUGCUACUGCACAAUAGUGGCACGCCAAGGGGCGACUCCGGCCGCACCAGCCGCCUGCGCCCUCUCCCACCUCCGGUCUUCUUGACUAUGUUUUGACACCCGCCCCAGAUGGGAGAGGAGAAGGAGGAGGGAGUGCGGCAGAUGCUACCCAAUUCUACUCAUAUUAAAAACUAAUUCGCGCUCAAGUCACCGUGCAUGCCUUCACCUUGAUGUGGACCAUACGUCGGAAAUCGUCGGCAACGACGAUCGAAGUGUCAUCUAACAGUCUACUACCUGUUUGCGCUUGCCGCUAUUGCUGCAGUUCUUGCCAGUAGUUUUGCUGCCUUUACUUUUUCUACUCAGAUUGUUGACGGUGUGGUCCAGAGUAUAAAACUAAUUACCAGAGAGGCCAGUCAUCGGGUAGCCGCGUUCGCCUUCAAGUACGCAGAAGAGAAUGGUCGCUCCACUGUGACAGCCGUGCAUAAGGCAAAUAUCAUGUACGUUUCCCUGUUAUUUUUAAGUUUACACUAUUAUGUUUACUUGUUUCGUUUUAAGUAAUGUUUAUUAUUACAUAUUAGGCGCAUGUCGGAUGGUCUUUUCUUACGCGAGUGUCGAGCUGAGGCCGAAAAACACCGCAAUAUCAAGUUUCGGGAGAUGUUCUUGGACACAGUUUGCCUAAAUAUGGUUCAAGAUCCACUGCAGUUCGACGUUCUCGUCAUGCCAAAUCUGUACGGAGAUAUCUUAAGUGAUCUGGCAGCAGGCCUCGUUGGUGGACUGGGUGUCACUCCUAGUGGCAACAUUGGUGAACACGGAGCCAUAUUUGAGUCGGUUAGUUUAAAAAAUUGUCAUUCCUAUAGCGUCAUGUUUAAAUUCUCCCUUUCCUGUUGGCUGAGAAUAGCAGCCGUAUGUACCGCUCUCUCCUAUUCACGUUUACCGCGUGGUUCGUAAUGUAGACCGUAUCAAAUACCCUGCCGGUUGUUUGUUUUAAGCGAUACGCCUACAUAUCGUGUUUAAAAGCUGUUUGGGAGACUGUGUGUCAUAGAUAAAAUAUAUCAAAAAAGGAGUACGAAGGCACAUAGAUUUGAGACUCUAUCAACUUGUAGAUAAAUAUGCGAAUCCUAGUCACGUCUGAAAUCUACCACAACACAUUUCAACAACUUCACUCAACUUCUACGCGUAUCCAGCAGUCCACGCGAUCUGCGCGCCUUGGUUAGUUUUGAAUUAAGCCCAGUCUGAAUUCCGUAUUAAACACACGCAUCCGGACGACUUUACUUUGUCACCUUUGUCCUUUUAAACAAAUCAAAAUGUAGGUACACGGUACGGCGCCGGACAUCGCUGGUCAGGACAAGGCCAAUCCCACCGCCCUUCUACUCUCGUCAAUCAUGAUGCUGCGCUACAUGGGACUGAAUGAGUAUGCGCAGAAAAUUGAAAACGCCGUCUUCACCGUUAUCAGGGAGAAAGAGGUAUGCACUGUUGACGGGUGGUGAAACCCCAGUUACUCUCUUAGCCACUUGACUUUGCCUGAAGUGUUUAACUAGGAUGCUUUGUAGAAGGGACUACUGUCAGUCAUCGCCUCCAGGUCUCCUUUUUUAUAUGCAACUUCAAAAAAAUCAUGCAGACUUGACAUACGGGGGUGUCUUGAGCAGACAGUUUAGUGGUAUGGUGAAGAGCAAAUAUCAGCACCAACUGGCGAUACGUUAACGUGAUACACCUGAGUCAACUUUCCUAACGGAAGCAUGUGGUGAGGACAAGUGGAUUAAUUCCUCCGGUUUGGGCUGCUUACCUGUUGCCUCGUUUCCUUUUUCAGCACCUUACCGUCGAUCUGGGCGGCCACAGCAAAUGCUCCGAGUACACGAACGCCAUCUGCCAGCAGAUUGAAAAGGGGCCCAACUAA